AGCCGAUGUAAGCAGAUACUGAGGUGCAGUCGCAGCUCGGCGGAGACGUUGAGGCAAAGUGUCGGGGAGUAACGGCCCCUCUCUAAUCCUUCGCUGGAGGGUGUGGAACCAGCUCUGGGGGCGCCAUGCUGCCGGAGGAUGGAAGCUGAUCAGGACGUGUCGCUUAGAGAGCAGCUUUUCCACGAGUGGGUCCGGGAAUGCAUCAUCUGCACCUUACUCUUCUCCGCUCUCUACCUCCUCUCGUACAUGGUCAUCACCAAGUUCAAGAAGCACGCUGAUUUCACCACCGUUGAUGUCGAAGAUGCUGCCGUUAACAGAAUUGCGCUCUGGAUGUGCACAUUUACACUUGCUGUCUCCGUGGGGGCCGUACUCUUGCUGCCCUUCUCUAUCAUCAGUAAUGAGGUCCUACUCUCCAUGCCACACAACUACUACAUCCAGUGGCUCAAUGGAUCCCUCAUCCACGGCCUAUGGAACUUGGUGUUUCUCUUCUCGAAUCUGUCAUUGGUAUUUCUGAUGCCGUUUGCAUAUUUCUUCACUGAGGCAGAAGGAUUUGCAGGAUCAAAAAAGGGAGUCAUGUCCAGGGUAUAUGAGACCUCAGUAGUUCUUCUGCUUCUCACCCUCCUGGUCUUUGGCAUCCUAUGGGUGGCGUCUGCAAUUGUAGACGAUGAUGCUGCUGGAAGGGAAUCUUUGUAUGAUCUCUGGGAAUACUACCUUCCAUACCUGUACUCUGGCAUCUCACUGUUCGGCGUACUGCUUCUUUUAUUUUGUACUCCAUUAGGACUGUCCCGGAUGUUCUCAGUCACUGGAAAACUGCUGGUCAAACCUCGGCUAUUGGAGAACUUAGAAGAACACCUGAGUUGUACGGCAUUUGAAGAAGCGGCCAUAUCCCGUAAGAUCUCUACUAAGGCCUCUUGCUGGCUGAACUUAAAUAUGGAGGCGCUACAGAAAAGGCUUUUAGCAAUAAAGAGCCACAGAAUUACAUUAGAGAUGAGAAGAAAAGCCUCUCCUUGGCAACGUAAUUUGGUCUACCCCUUGGCCAUGUUACUACUUCUUGCACUGACGGGCAUCUCUGUACUGAUCGUCUGCUUCCACGUCUUGGAACUUCUUAUCGAUGACGCAGCCAUGCCAAAAGGGAUGCAGGACUCGCGGCUCGGAAAAGUAUCUUUCUCUGUCUUUGGGUCAUUUGGAGCUGCUGUGCAAGUCGUUCUCAUAUUCUACUUGAUGGCCGCGUCUGUCGUUGGGUUUUACAGCUCUCCUUUCUUCAUGCGACUCCUGCCCCAGAAACAUAACACAACCAUGACCAAAAUCAUUGGAAACUGUGUGUCCUUGCUAGUUCUCAGCUCUGCUCUCCCAGUCUUCUCCAGAACAUUGGGUAUCACCAGAUUUGACCUUCUGGGUGACUUUGGACGUUUCAAUUGGCUGGGAAAUUUUUACCUGAUCUUCCUGUACAACAUCUUGUUUGCCGGACUCGCCACGCUUUGUCUCGUGAAAAAGUUUACCUGGGCCAUGCAAGCUGAGCUUAUCCGUGCAUUUGGACUAGACAGAUUAUCUCUGCCUGUGAACAGAAUUCGUACUCAAGGAAAGGCCUGACUUGCUUCCAAGGAGUUCUCCUUCAAUAUGAUAAGCACCUGGUAUCCAGGUGCUCAAAUCUACUGAUGGUCAGACAGUCUGCUCAGGCGGUGGUUCAAGCUUGGCGGACCUCAGUGAAGACAUCUCAUGAAUGACUUCAUGGGACAGGAAUGUUGGAUCGGGCACUAUCUGCUGGAUUUAUCAAGAUGACAUCGUUAGCAUUUUCUUGCUAGCUAACUGGAAUGAAGAUCUGAUGUUCCAAAAUAAUCUGAGCCAGUUCUUGCAGGGGUGAAGUCUCCCCCUUCACAUUGUUUGAAUAUGAUUUCUGCUGCUAAAGAAUAGGACAGGAGUAGACAUAGACUUGUGUUGGUUUUCCCAUAUUUUUAUUAGAUAUCUAAUUAUUUUUUUUAUUAAGGGUAUGUUCGUUGACGAGAUACGUGCAAUGCCAGCAUUACUCCGUGGACCACCCUUGUUUAGUUGUAGCAAGAGACUUGGAAGUUCCUCUGAGAUGAAUAAUCCAUGGAACUUUUUUCACAGCACCAUCUCAGAUGGAUGAAACUGCUGGAAGUCAGUAGACUUUGCCCGUCUCCUUCACUCUUCCAGUGCUUGUUUACAUGAACUCCACUCCAGCUUGCUGGGCGUUUGUUUUUUUUACCAUCUCACAAGAUGCUGGUGGCAUUCACUAAUAAGAGUUCACCAGCUCAUUAUAAAGUAAAGCCCAUAGACAAAGACUCUCCUGCCCCUCACAUGAAGAGGGGCCUGGCUUCUUCUGUGACUUUUUUUAUUUGAUUGAGAUUUUUAUGUGUUUGUACCUGGAUCUUGUCUGUUUCUGAAUGUGUGUAGUAGCCUGGAGUCGCUCAUAACUCAGUUAGGAUCUGUGAAUCUUUAUCCUGCUGCCGUGUCUUUCUCUAUUUAUUAGUCCUUCACGACCUUUCUGGAGACGUAUUUUACCUCUGCUCCGUGUUUGUUAAGCAGGGACCUACAAACUACCAUCAUAAAAAUGACCUAAAAUCACGGCCAUCCACCUUUUUAACCUGCAUAUGAUUUUUACCACAAAUAAUAGUACACACCCUGAAGAGUAGAUCAAAGAGAUGUAGUUCACUGUGUCAGCAAAGAAAUUCACUUGUCUAUAGGUGCACACAGGUUUUAAAGGGCAUCUGUCGGCAGAUUUGUACCUAUGACACUGACUGACCUGUUACAUGUGCACUUGGCAGCUGAAGGCAUCUGUGUUGGUCCCAUGUUAAUAUGUGCCUGCAUUACUGAGAAAAAUGAUGUUUUAAUAUAUGCAAAUGAGCCUCUUGGAGCAACGGGGGCGUUGCCAUUACACCUAGAGGAUCUGCUCUCUCUGCAACUGCCAUGCCCUCUACAGUUUGACACCACCAGGCAUGAUCACAUUUUCACUGCCCGACCCUAUUAAAGUGCAGAGGGCACAGCAGUUACAGAGAGAGCUGAGCCUCUAGGAGUAAAGGCAACACCCCCGUUGCUCCUAGAGGCUCAUUUCCAUAUGUUAAAACUUUAUUUUUCUCCACCAUGCAGGCACAUAUGAACAUGGGACCAACACGGGUGCCUUCAGCUGCGCACAUGCGACAGGUCAGCCAGUUUCAAUGGUACAGAUUUGCUAACAGAUGCCCUUUACUAGGUUGCCACAUAUCAGUGACUGUUGUUCACCCUGUGGUGUAUAUAACCAUCACUUUUCACAUAUGUAAAAUGUAUUUUAACUAAAGGAAAUUUUAUCAGAUUCUGUUAAAGGAGGAGAUGCACUACUUUUAGGAUAUAUGAAUGUUUGCUGUAAUAAAAGUUGCCUUUUGGAGAAGGCAUUUGUGUUGGGCAAAUUGGUAUACAAGGUACAAGGCGUAGAUCUGAGAAUGUUACAAGGCGACUUUUCAUUAGCAAACAAUGUACUUAUUCGUAUAUCCACCUUUUAGCAGGCAGAACAUUUUACAUAUUAAGGCCCCUUGCAGACUAGCAUGAGCAGAUUAGGUCCGGAUGCUUUGCGGAUGCGUUCCAGUAAAAAAUGCGCAAUUUCACAAGCAGUUUGUUUCAUUUUUGUCUAAGUUCGCGUUCAGUUUUUAUCGCGUGGGUGCAAUGUG